GGAGCUUUCGCCGAAGAGGAAGCAAAAAAUGGUGAGGCGUAUGCGGAACUUGUGCAAGUUUUGGACAACAAAAGUUUAUCGUUAAUAAUGAGAGAAGCGGAACGAAACGGAAGAAAGGCAUUGGCGAUUCUUCGAAAACAUUACGUCGGAAAGGACAAGCCACGAGUCGUGAGUCUGUACUGUGAACUGUCCUCACUCUGUAAAACUAGCGAUGAGACAAUUACUGAGUACAUAAUUCGAGCAGAGACUAUUUUCACGUCAUUAAGGAGAGCGGACGAACAAAUCAGUGAUGGACUUAUGAUUGCAAUGGUAGUGAAAGGGCUACCCGAGUCCUACAAACCGUUCGUUGUGCACGUUACACAGACAAAUGAAGUCGUGACGUUUGGCGAGUUUAAAAGUAAACUGCGCAGCUAUGAGAGUACAGAGAAAUAUGGGAGAGGAGACGUGACCGAGGACAACGUGAUGAGAACAAGCGGGGCGACGAAAGCGCGCGGGAGAGGCCGAGGAAAGAAAGUGGACUUGGCUGAUAUAGAGUGCUACGCGUGCGGGAGAAGAGGACACAUGGCCCGAUCAUGCCACAACAACGUGCAACAGAGGAGAGAUGAUUGAGCAUGGGACAUGCCACAGCGAGGAAAAGGGCGCGGCCGUGGACGCGGCCGAGGUCGUGACCAAAUCAAGAAAGCUGAUGAACAGACAGAUACACAGUCGUCAUUUUUCUUUAAGAUGAGUGACUGUCCAGUGCAAGGAGAAAACAAGAAAGGGCUCAUGGUUGACUGCGGCGCCACAUCGCACAUGAUCAAUGAUGCCACCAAGUUCAAAACGGUAGACAAGAGCUUCAGACCCGAGGACCACAUGAUCGAGAUGGCCGACGGAACCAAGGUGAGCGGAAUGGCGAAGAUGAGAGGAGACGCCGAAGUCCACUUACUGGACAGUGAGGGACGACGAGUGAGAACGAGACUCAAGCAGGCGCUCUACAUCCCAUCGUUCCCACAGAACAUCUUUUCUGUCAAGGCAGCAACAGGCAACGGUGCAGAGGUCCUUUUCAAAGACGGUGAUGACUGGUUAAUCAACAGAGACGGUACAAAAUUCAAAAUGGGUGUGUAUGUAGAACGAGAGAGCUGUAAACAUGUCUUUGAGUGGGAGUGUUAAGCAUAUCUGUUAGCAGGACAAAGCCAUGUUGAUCAGCAUCCAAUCAAGUAUGUAUGACGUGAUGACGUCAGUGCCCAGAUAUAUAUCCGCACUAUCACCAUGUUUUGUUUUCUUCUGGAUAAUAAACGGCUGACUCGUGCAGCAGAGUUGCGCCAGC